UUGGAUGACGUGGCAUCAUGACCUUCAUCUUCCACCACCGAUUAUAAAGCGACCGUGACUCUUCAGUCCGCUUCACGGACACAGAAACCACCUCUCUUACAAAUCCAAGUGCCUUGUCCACUUAACUGAUCUAUCCGAUCCUUUCUCCGGCGACCUUCUCCGACCACGAUCCGAUAUGGCAAAGGAACCAGUUCGCGUUCUCGUCACUGGAGCUGCAGGGCAAAUCGGAUAUGCCCUUGUCCCUAUGAUCGCAAGAGGGAUCAUGCUGGGCGCUGACCAGCCAGUGAUCCUCCACAUGCUGGAUAUCCCACCUGCUGCAGAAGCUCUAAAUGGUGUGAAAAUGGAGUUGGUGGAUGCCGCUUUCCCUCUUCUGAAAGGUGUCGUUGCUACAACUGAUGCUGUUGAGGCUUGCACUGGAGUCAACGUUGCUGUCAUGGUUGGUGGCUUCCCCCGCAAAGAAGGAAUGGAGAGGAAGGACGUUAUGUCCAAGAAUGUGUCGAUUUACAAGUCUCAGGCUGCCGCCUUGGAGAAACAUGCUGCCCCGAACUGCAAGGUCCUGGUGGUUGCAAACCCUGCAAACACCAACGCACUGAUCCUGAAGGAAUUCGCUCCAUCAAUCCCCGAGAAGAACAUCACUUGUUUGACCAGGCUUGACCACAACAGGGCGUUGGGUCAGAUCUCCGAGAGGUUGAGUGUGCCAGUGUCUGAUGUUAAGAACGUGAUUAUCUGGGGAAAUCACUCAUCGACUCAGUACCCGGAUGUCAACCAUGCUACCGUUGAGACUCCUUCUGGGGAGAAGCCUGUCCGUGAGCUCGUUAAGGAUGAUGAGUGGUUGAAGGGUGACUUUAUUACCACAGUUCAACAACGUGGAGCUGCCAUCAUCAAAGCUAGGAAGUUGUCUAGUGCACUCUCGGCUGCUAGCUCUGCCUGUGACCACAUCCGUGACUGGGUCCUUGGAACACCCGAAGGAACGUGGGUUUCAAUGGGAGUUUACUCUGAUGGCUCUUACGAUGUCCCUGCUGGGCUUAUCUAUUCCUUCCCUGUCACCUGCCGCAAUGGAGAGUGGACCAUUGUCCAAGGGCUGCCGAUCGAUGAAUUUUCGAGGAAGAAGAUGGACUCUACAGCAGAGGAGCUGAAGGAAGAGAAGGACCUUGCCUACUCGUGCCUUUCUUAAACCCGAGGAGCCACAGUCUCAGACUCUCUCUCUCGGAGUUGUCAUUGUCCCCACCAGGUUUGGGAUAAAGUUAGAGCCUUUGAAUAAGAACCUGUUUGAGAAGAUCUCGGAUAUGUAUUUGACCCAUUGUUGUGGGGGUCAAAACUUUUGAGGAAAAUACAUUGUUCUUCUCGGUGUAUGUGUUUAUGUGUGUGUUUUAAGAGCGUAUUUGCUGUUUGAUUCAAGCCUGAACUACUCCUGUGCCGGCUUUGAUCCUUGUUUUGUGAUCUGUGAUUGUUGAGCAUAGAAAUCAGCAUAUCAUUGUCUGGUC